UGGGAGGGGUAUGGCUGAAUAAUACAAAAUAUUUCAUGAUGAAAGUCACUAAUGACAAGCUUUGGAUGCCAAUUACCUAAUUAGGCUCAUUUCCUUGUAUUAGGCUCUUCAGUCUGUCUCUGCUCAAUGAAGAGAUCACUCAGGAGUGCCAGCCGUUAGGUAAGGACUGAUAUGCCCAGCUGAGACAGUAUGUUGUAUGGAAAAAGACUUGGCUUCUUUGGAUGUACUGUUGGCAUAGCAUGCCUUAUUUUCUCCUUCAACUUUUAUUGGCCAAAGAAAUUUAGGUCAAAAAUUUCCUGGAGAAGGAUUGAGUCUUGCAGCGGCGAGUUGCCGUGGGAUACAAUCACGCCACUGAAGGGCACCAAAGCCUAUAUCAUUGCCCCAUACUAUGACAACCGAGAGAAGACAAUUAUACGCAUCUUGGGAAUUGUUCACCACAGAGACGUGAAGGAACUUUACUGCUAUUUCUGUUGUACUUCCGAUAAUAUUCUGUACACAGUCAGGGCAGAAAUAAAUAUCCAUUCGGACCGGUUUGGCUUCCCUUAUGGUUUAGCUGAUAUCAUCUGUUCUGAACCUCCAGACUGCACGCCGACACAUGUCUCAGUUCACCAGUCUCCUUCUGAAGAACCCGACAGUCUUACCACUUUCAAGAUUCGAAAUAGAGUGCGGGGCAGACUUACAGCCAACUUCACCGUCUGCUUCUCCGCCAUGUUUGGGAAUUACAGCAAUGUCCUGCAGUUCAUCCAGACCAUUGAAAUGUAUAAGAUACUGGGCGCCCAAAAAGUCACAGUCUACCUCAACAACUGUAGCCGACAGAUGGAGGAGGUCCUUCAGUACUACAGUAAGGAAGGGACGGUGGAGGUGAUCCCCUGGCAGAUACAGAGAUAUUUAAAGGUAUCUCAUAAUUGGCAAUAUCCCAAAGAUGACACUGAGAUUGGUUAUUAUGGGCAGAUAUCGGCAUUAAAUGACUGUAUCUACAGAAACAUGUACUCCAGCAAGUUUGUUGUACUGAAUGACCAGGAUGAAAUCAUUCUGCCCUUUAAGCACUGGACAUGGGGCAGCAUGAUGGAAACUCUUCAACAAGAAAAACCCAACGAUGGAAUUUUCCUGUUUGAAAACCACAUUUUCCCCCAAACUGUACUUUCCAAUGGACAUUUUCCCAACAUAUCCUCAUGGAACUGGGUCCCGGGGUUUAACAUACUGCAGGUUAUACACCGAGAACCAGACAGAUUUCUUUAUUACAAUGCCCGAAAAAUGAUAGUGGAUCCGAGGGCAGUGAUCCAAACGUCUGUUCACUCUACCCUGAAACAGUACAAAUAUUCUAAUUACGUCCCUCUAGAAACUGCCCUGGUCUAUCACUGUAGAGGCCCCCUGCAGCCAAGCUUACCCAGAGCGUCUUUGAUUGAAGAUAAAACUAUAUGGAAGUAUAAUGAUUCCUUAAUUAGGAAUGUUAACAAGAUGCUAAAAAAGUUUAAAUUGGCCAGGUGAUGUACAUAUUAUUUUGUCGGGUUAAUUAUAAUAAUUAAAAGCUGGUUACAACACA